CACCUAUCCGGCUUUAAGGACCGGAAUACGGAUUCAUAAUUAUUUAAGGAGCCCCAGAUCCACUUGUGAUACUACCAGAUCAUACACAACGUAAUCAACAAACAUGGCAGCUCCUAUUUUGUUGAUCAAAGGAACGCUGCUCAUCCAUGACAAUGACGUCAUCCGGGCUGAGCGAAAAGACCUCCUUAUCGAAAACUCGAUCAUCUCGCGUAUCGACAAUAACAUAGAUCCUCCACAUUCUGCCACGGUUAUAGACUGCUCGGGAAAGAUCAUCUCGCCUGGCUUUAUUGACACCCAUCACCAUGUUUGGCAGUCGUGUCUCAAGGGAACACAUGCCGAUCAGACAUUGGUGGAUUAUUUCUGGGAUGGAAACUUCAUCAGCUCAUUUCUAUCGCCUCAGGACGUGUUCUGGAGUCAGUUGGCAGGGGCUCUGGAAUGUGUGGACAGCGGCACCACGACGGUGGUGGACCAUGCCCACAUCAACUAUUCACCUGAACAUUCUACCGAGGCCUUGAGAGCGACCAUUUCGUCUGGUCUGCGAUCAGUCUUCGCCUAUUGCCCAACUCCUCGUGUAGCCACUUGGAAACCAGAGUUUGCUCUCGACAGGGACCUUCUGCCUCCGUGGGUGAUGGAAACAUUCGAAAGAUUGGCCGGCCUGAACCCAUUGGGGCCAAAUGGUCGCGUUAGCCUUGGGUUCGCUUUUGAUGGCUUCUUCCUUCCCGGGCCUAUGCUUAGAAGCCUAUAUUCAAAGGUGCGGGAGGCAGGGGUUCGGUUGAUCACGUCGCAUUCAGCUUACGGCGUCCAGUUUGGCGCUCCCGCCCAAACUUCUGCAGCCGCGACACUCGACAAGAAUGGCCUCUUGGGCCCGGACAUUCUACUAUCCCACAACAACAAUCCAACGCCACAAGACGCGCGACUCGUUACGGACAAACAGGCGAAGAUCUCCAGCACGCCAGGGACAGAGCUUCAAAUGGGUCAAGGAAACCCGGUCUGCCUGCGAGAUGACUUUUACCCGUUAUCAUCUCUCGGGAUCGACUGCCACAGUGUAUGCAGCGCAUACAUGCCAGCACAGAUGAUGCUAGCGCUGCAGUGGGCACGGGCACGAAGGCACGAAGACUUGGAGUCACAGGAAAAGUGGUCCAGUGACGUUGGAUUCAGUGCAGCCUCAGUCUUCAACCUCGGUACGAUUCACGGUGCGCGUGCAAUUGGCAUGGAAGAUAUCAUUGGCAGCUUAACAGUUGGAAAGAAAGCCGAUAUUGUGGUUUUCGACUGCGAUACCCCCGGUAUGGUGGUCGCUGCUGAUCGCGACCCUAUCGCCGCUAUUGUGCUCCAUAGUACAGUGCGGGACGUCAAUACUGUAAUAAUUGAUGGGGUAAUCAGGAAGCAAGAUGGCAUCUUGCAGCCGGUGCUUGCUUCGGAGAGCAUAUCUGGGAAGGUCGAUAGGGGACAAAAGAUUGAGUGGAAGGAUGUCGUCCCGCAUGUCAUGGAGCUAAGUCGGCGAAUUGACGAGCAGAAGAAAACUACUGUCGAUGGUAAGGCUGCCAGGAAAGUCAUCAUGGCAGCUUUCCAUAUGAAUUCUGAAGGUCAUGUUGGGAGCGUUUAACGAGAGUUUUGGGAACUAUUUCAACGAACGGCGAUAAUUUAUAUAUUGCGUAACUAAUAGGGAGGGCAUGGGUUAGCUUUGCACAUACUGCAGACUGAAUGUAUUCAGCUGUGUUUCAACAGACGAGUAAAGCGGUGCAACAUCGACACCUCGAUCGUUUAUCAUAGGACUUGCACUUAAGUUCUUUCGCAGGUGUCAGCAAACAACAAUCAACAGACCCGA